UUAGUAAAUAUAAACUGCUAAAUACCUUUUCUCAUCAGCAGUUAGAGCAGUCUUGUGACUUCUAUCAGUGUCCAGCAGAGCACACGUCAAAGCUUGUAGGAGGAGUUUUCAUUCGGCUGUAGGAGGAUGCAGAACCCCUGACCUCUGUCUAGACAGUGCUGAUUGGGCCCUGUGCUGAUCACAUGCACUCGCCCAAGAAAAAAAAACACCAAACCGAGCAUGAGCAGAGUGACUCCACAAGAUAUGUCUUACCAAAAGAUAAGAGGGGGGCACUAGAGGAAGGGGAGUAUCAGAACGGCCAGGAUUAAACA